AUGGCCGCACUCGGCUGCUGCACCGUCUCUUCUCCUCCCAGGUGAUGAGCUCUGUGACGGAUAAACCCUAACUCCAUCCUCUUCCUCUUCUUCUGUUGUUCUCACCUGAUACUUCAUCUACUGCCUCGGCAGUUCGGUGCAUUUCAUCAUCUUCAAUCCUCCCCUUGUGCUCGUAUGGACGGCUCUAGGCCUUCUUGGAUCUCGGAUUUUCGGAUUGUUAGGGUUCUUCGGGGAAGACCCGGCCGGAUAAUUAGGUUUUAAGAUGGGCUCCGGUGCCGGGUCCUUCGUGUUAUUUUGAUGUGCGCGUGAAUCGAUGGUAGGUUUCGCCUGGCAAUGAGCUGGGAGUUUAUGUGCUUGUCUGGUGAUUUUCAGAGGAGCCUGGGGUAGCCCGCUGAGAACCAGCCAGAGAAGAACCGUGGCCUGCAAGCAGUAUCUGAAGAACAGGCUGCUGGUUAGAGCGGAGGUGAACUUCGUGAAUGCCGAGGAAGCGAAGAGGCUCGUCGAUGAGGAGGGCUUUACUGUUCUCGACGUGCGAGACAAAUCCCAAUAUGACAGAGCUCACAUACAGUCAUCUUAUCACGUCCCUCUGUUCGUAGAGAACAAGGACAAUGAUCCUGGUACGAGUUCUUCCAGAAAAACUUGCAUCUGCUUACAAAUCUUACUUGCAACAAUUCCAUGCUGUAUGUGGCAAAUUAUUCACUUUGUUUCAAGUGCAUUAAAUCAAUCCAUGGCAUGGUAUCAGACCCGAUGAUCGUUCUAUGGGUUCUUGAGUUGACUUGCAGAUAUAUAUGGAAGCGUAUCAAAAUGGUUUCAUACUAGAAAGAAAAAUAUCACAAGAUUUGGUUAUUAAUAUCAAAAGAAUGGUUUCCAGUACUUUAAUGAGAUAAUUUUACCUCAUUUAAUGAUGUUAUUAUAAAUUAUGAAUGUUCCACAGGCACGAUCAUUAAGAGGACUCUGCACAAUAACUUCUCUGGGUUGUUCUACGGGUUGCCAUUCACCAAGCCCAAUCCGGAAUUUGUUCAAUCCAUCAGGGGCCAGUUUUCCCCUGACAGCAAGAUCUUGCUCGUCUGCCAAGAGGGUUUGAGGUCAGCCAUUAGCAGCUUUCAAUACCUCAUGACGAUUGCUUCUGUUCAUACAGCAAGAGAAUGCCGAAAUAUUCUGCAGCUUCUUCUUUCUGCUCAAUUCAUUGAUUGCAUGACCUCAUUUGAUCCGUCACGCCAAGCUGCUUCAUGCUUCCUGCUUACAGUUUCUCGGAAUUCGCUUCAAUUUCUUUCUGGUUCAGCUUAGUUUGUCCGAAGGUUGCAAUCUCAUUCAAGCGAUUUCAUUCUGAAGGAAAUUGAGGACUGAAUUAUAUGAAAUAAUUCAAAGUAUUCUGUAUGAUGAAUGUUAUUAUGCCAUUUCCAAAGUGUCUUGCUCAUGAGGAAAAUAUGAGGUCUUGAACCAGUUUUACUGAAUUUUUUUUUUAGGGUUUUGCAGGACUCUCUCUCUCUCUCUCUCUCUCUCUCUCUCUCAUGAUAUAUAUACCCCUCCUCGCUCUCUUGUGAUGCACCCAACAGAAAGAUUGGCCUUUAUUUUUGUCCAUCUGAUAUAUUUCCGUGUGAUGUUGAAGGUCUGCUGCAGCUGCUAGCAAGCUGGAGCAGGAGGGCUUUCAGAACGUUUCUUGCAUCACCUCAGGCCUUCAGUCAGUGAAACCAGGUCAUUCGACGGAUCCCAAGUGUGGAUUUAUUGCAUAAUUUCUGGAGCAAUAGAACGGGUCCUCACCACCUAUGUUUUUUCACCACCGCGCAGGAACAUUCAGCUCUGUUGGUUCGACGAAGCUCGAGGAUGCUGGAAAGGCUGGCCUGGUCACCGUCCAGGGCAAGAUCUCCGCCGUGCUGGGGACUGUAUUAAUCUGUGAGUCUCCUUGGCCACUCUAAUUCCACUACUUUGAAGGAUCACCAAUAUUCUGCAGCUUAGAAUAGGCUUCGCUACUCUCUCUCUCUCUCUCUCUCUCUGAUUGUGAGGUUGUUCAGACUAUGCCCAUUCCUUUCUCUCUCUCUGUGAUUGUGAAGUUGUUCAGACUAAGCCCAUUCCUCUCUCUCUUUGAUUGUGAAGUUGUUCAGACUAAAGCCCAUCUCUCUCUAGUUGUGAGGUUGUUCAGACUGAGCCCAUUUCAAUCUCUCUCUCUCCCUCUCUGUGAUUGUGAGGUUGUUCACUGAGCCCAUCUCUCUCUCUCUCUCUCUCUCUGAUUGUGAAGUUGUUCAGACUGAGCCCAUCUCUCUCUGUCUGUCUCUCUGAUUCUAAGGUUGUUCAUACUGAGCCCAUUUCAAUCUCUCUCUCUCUCUCUCUCUCUGAUUGUGAGGUUGGUCAGCUGAGCCCAUUUCUCUGUCUCUGUCUCUCUGGUUGUGAGGUUGUUCAAACUUAGCCCCAUUUCUCUCUCUCUCUCUCACACACACACACACAUUUCUGGCCCUUUUUAUCUCGAUCGACCAACCUUCGUUUCGUUUUCCAUCUUCUCAUUGAGCUUGGCUAUUUCCAAUGCGCAGGCGCGUACCUCUUCAUAACCUUCUUCCCGGAUCAAGCUGAGAAGCUCCUGCAGAUGAGCCCCGUGAGCCCCGCGAGCUAG